AUGAGCAAAAUAACUCUCCUCCUCCAGUGCCUAGAGGAUGAGUACCUCGCCCUAAGAGAGGCAGUUACCAUCUUCAAGGAAACUACGCAUCCAAACAAACCACCCACAGAAGAUAGGUCCCGAAUCCGCAUUUACUGCGAAGAAAGACUGUGUGAACUUCAAACGGCACAUGAAACUGUGACCGAUAAACUACACGCGCUCCAGAAUGUCUAUGAAAACGUAAUGAAAAUCUACGGCGACGUGCCAAAAGCAGAGAAAAAGGAUAUGCUUGCAGAAAUCGAAGAAUUUAGACAAAAAUACGAUUUCCGCGCAUUGAAACAUGAAGCAGAAAGCGUUGUCUUGGGUCUUAACGCUAGAAUGCGAGAAAUCAAAACCCAAGCAACCAUUAUUGAUCUCCCACGUAUGCAAUCGAGUUCAGCAAUCCAAGUCGACGAGGGUUUGCAACCAUGCACCGAGGACGACUAUCAAGAGGCUGACCCCGUCCAGAACGAUUCCUGGGAAGAGUUUUGGGACACUUUCUCGCUCAUAAUUGAUCAAAACCCGCAACUCAGUGAAUUAGAAAAGAUCCUAUACCUCAAAGACGCAAUACGCGGGAAAGCCCAAAAUUCCAUCAAAAGCAUCCCAAUGAGAAGUUCCAAUUAUAACCUUAUUGUCGAAGUACUGAAAAAGAAGUUCGGCGAUAAAGCGAAUAACAGGUCCCAAAUUGUACAGCAAUUGUUGGACCUACCAAAGGCAGCCACAGCAGCCCAAAAAUGUGUUGAAACUCUCGAAAAAAUAAAUGAUCUUGUUUUCCAAAUGGUUGCCACUGGGUAUGAUAUCCGCAAGAAACAUGACCCGAUGUGGAUCGACACGAUCCUCGCGAAAUUCCCAUAUGAUAUAAUAAAAGACUGUAUGAAAGCAUCCUCAACCGACUCAAAACUAACAGUCGGUAGGCUCUUGGAGGAACUUCACGAACAUGUUUCUUCCAAAGCACUAUUUGAAAACAGAUAUGCGUCAUUGACCUCAAGACGGAUCAAUGCUGAAACAGCGCAACGCGCGAAGACUGCCAAGCAAGAAUCGUGCUUAUUUUGCCAAAGGAAUAACCACCAAACAAAGGAUUGCCGCACAGUACGAACCCCAAUCGAUCGUCGAAACGCACUGAGGGGUCAACCCGUCUGCUGGAAAUGCUUUGCGAGCGACCACAGAAGUCGCGCUUGCUUUCAAAGGAAUUGUCCCAGGUGCAACGGAGAUCACCACAUUUCUCUAUGCUCCUACAACGCAGGAGAAACUUCUUCCGUAACAUCUUCUGUAACAAGUGCACGCACGAAAUCACAAGACGAGACUCGCAAAACAUCCAGUGGUAGCGAUAGAAAAACUACCACACAGAAGGGCACAUACCGUAAUCAGACCAGUCACAUGACUGUCGAUAAAGUGCAAGCAGCCGCACCGACAAAAGAGGAACAAAAAGCCGUGAACAGUUUCUCGAACCAAACACAUGGAAAUUCUCACGAGAAAAACCUCGUCCUCAUGACAGUGGAAGGACAGAUUAAGAACAACGCUAAUGGCUCAUUCGAGAACGUCCUGAUUUUCCUCGAUUCGGGGGCUCAAUGCAAUUUGAUUGCUGCCAGCCUGGCUGACGCGCUCGCUCUUCCGCGAGGUGACCCAUACCAAUGCACAAUGCACGGAAUUGGAGGAACUGCUCAAACCUAUACGGCGCAGCAAGUGACAGCCGUUUUCAGAACGCGGUUCGGAGAAACUCUCGCCAUUAAUUUGAGCACCAAACCUGUGCUCACGAACGCAUUUCCUGCCGCUACACUUACGGAUUUGGAUGUGCAAUUCCUCAAACGAAACCGUAUCUUCCUCUCAAAUACCGCCACGAAUGGUCAGUUAGUCACACCUGCGGUUUUAAUCGGAGUCGAGUCCUACGAACAAAUUGUCCUCCUGGACUCGCCUCCAACAAAAUUACCAUCCGGUCUUUUAGCUCAGGAUACUGUUUUCGGGCCUGCUUUGUUCGGAAAGUCAGACAUUCCCCACUUAAACGCUUGCUCCCAACAAGUGGUUCUAGCAUGUCCCGAAGCAAUAUCAGAUAUCAAACAAGAACUAAAGGAA